AUGGUAUCUUAUUUACAAAGUAGGGAGAACUUGUGUAAUGGACAAUCACACACACCUUGUCAUAGAAUUGUCCCAAAUGAUGAGGAAGGUUCUGAGAUAGAGUUUGAAGGUUGGAUUCAAAUGGGCAAUCCUGUUAGGGAACGGACUCGGGGUUGUGUUGGAAGUUGUCAAAGAUCCUGUUCAAUGAAUUCUCCAAAUAUGCACCUUUUACAAAAUGAUAACAACUGUUGCUCAAAUAAUGAUGUGAUUAAUGUUUUGUGGGAGCACACUCCAAAAAACAGUUGUAAUCACUUAUGUCCUCACAAUUUAAACGUUUAUAAUUCUGUUAGAAGGGUGGCUAGGUGUCCAGAUUGCAAUGGGAAAAUUAAUGUAGUUGAAAAACAGAUUAGAAAUGAAAACGAGAUAUAUUAUGUGAACAAUAGGCAGAAUCCUCCUUCCGUUGUCGUUCAGAAGCCGCAGACUGUGGUUGUCAGGAAUAGAUCUAGGCCUCCCAUUAUUGUACAACAGCCUCCUCCUAACGUUAUUGUUAAAAACGACCCUCCUCAGCCUAUUUACGUUCAGAACCCUCCUCCUAACAUCACUGUCAAGAACACUGCACCUGAGAGGGGGAUGAAUGAAGAGCCCUUUAUUAGACAAUCAGCUUGUGGCAUGAAUAGGAGCGUUCAAAACGUCCCGAUUCCUCAAAAGAGGAACCACUGCAUAUACCAUUGCAAGUAUCCUUGCUGUGUAAAUUAUAAUACCUAA